AUGCCGGAAUGCCGGAAACCGCUGCAACCUUCCUUAGCAUGCAGGGACACGAACCAUAACACAGUUGGAAUGAACCAGCAGCAGACAUUCCAAGACUGCACUCCGCCGAUGAACUUACAAUAUGGCAGGAGAUUUGACGACGAGCAAGGUAGGAAAAAUUGCGAGCGUUUGAAGUUGUUGAAACUCCUGAUGAGAGUGAGCGUGGAGAAAGACCGAGGAAGUCAUAUUUCGAGUUAUUUGCGGAAUUUGAGCUACAGUACUGUAAAGAUGGAUCACGAACAGGAAAUCCGGGUGAUGCAAAGAGAAUAUUUUGAUUUCUUGGAUGACGAGGCGGAUCAAGGAAUUUAUUCUACUACUGUCAGUCGUAUGCUGGAAGAUGGUCAGAAUCGUUUGAUCGUGGAUAUGGUCGAUUUGCGGAAGAAAAAUCGCAAGCGAGCGGAAGGGCUUUUGAAAGCGCCUGUGGACGAACUGAUCGCAUUUCAAGGUGCCCUAAAAGAGAUGGUCGGCUUGUUGAAACCGGAGUUGGCGAAAGAGCUUUCCAAUAUGGAAUUCUUCGUUGGAUUGGAAGGAACAUUCGGAUCUAAACACGUUUCCCCGCGUUCUUUGAGCUCGCGAUUUUUGGGUAGUUUGGUGUGUUGUGAUGGAAUUGUCACCAAGUGUACGACUAUCAAGCCCAAAGUUGUCAAGUCAGUCCAUUAUUGUCCCGCUACGCAAAGAACAAUGGAACGACGUUACACCGAUCUUACGAGUAGCGAUCCUUUCCCAAGUUCUGCUUCAUAUCCUACGAAGACCGAUGUUAUUGGAAUUCUAAUGCAGGAUGAAGAUGGUAAUCCAUUGGAAACAGAGUACGGGUUGUCGUCGUAUAAGGAUCAUCAAAUUUUUUCCAUUCAAGAAAUGCCUGAGAAGGCUCCCGCGGGCCAGCUACCACGAUCAGUGGAUGUUAUGGUGGAACACAGUCUCGUGGAUUCUUGCAAACCGGGAGACCGAGUUCAGGUCGUGGGCGAAUUCCGCUGCUUGCCUUCGAAGCAAGGUAACCCCUCGACUAAAACAACGGUGUCCCUCAGAUCGAUUAUUCUCGCCAAUAAUGUCAUCACUAUGAGUAAAGCGGCCGAUGUAAACAUCACAACUGAAGAAUUCACGAAGAUUCGCUCUUUUGCGAAACAGAACGGAAGAACCGUUUUUGACACGCUCGCGAGAUCGCUGGCGCCUUCAAUUCAUGGUCAUGAAUAA